AAAUCCAACUAGGGUUCAGGGUUUUUCUUCCUCACUCUGUCAGUCACUUCUCUUUUACCCUUUUCUGCUCCACUUCCACUCGCAGAGCUCUCAAAGAGUCAAAGACCGUCUGGAUGUGGGCACUUCGUCGCGCUUCUGUUUCCAUCAGGAAGCAAGGAUUGAACACAAGUACUGCUCAGUUAUGCUUUGCUACAUCAGAGUUAUCAAAUCGUUGCUUUGAAGACUAUGACAGUGGAGUUCAUAGGGCUGCUACAGUGGUAUCUGACACAUCUCUAUCUGUGAGUAGAUUUUAUAAGAUGGCUUGUAGCCCAUCAACACCAUUCAAGGGAAGCCACGGUUUCUCUUCAUGUGCUGGCACAAAAAGCGGUGGAGAGGAUGAUGAUGAGUUGGAUGGGUUUUCUGAGCUUGAAUCUCCUAUGACCUCUGGUUCAAUUGAAGAGGGAAAUCUAAACAAUGGUGACGAGUUAGUCUCUGAGCCAGAACUGUUUGAUGACGAUGCAGAAGGACCACAGAGAGAACUAGGUUCAGACACUGAGAGUCCUACGAGUCAGAUGAAAGCAAAUGCUUCUUCAGAAAUUCUAGAGGUUGUUCUAGCUGCGUCACCACUAUCAGUUACUAGUGUCUUGGAUAAAUGGGUUGAAGAAGGAAAAGAGGUGACCCAAUCAGACAUAACAACAGCUAUGCGGGGACUUCGUAAGAGGCGUUUGUAUGUGAAGGCCUUGAAGCUGUCUGAGUGGUUGGAGUCCUUGAAGCAUAUUGAUUUCACAGAAAGGGAUUAUGCUUCACAUACUGAUUUAAUUGCCAAAGUUGGUGGUCUACAAAAGGCAGAAGCUUAUGUACAGAAAAUUCCAAAAUCCUUUAGAAGUGAAGUUGUUUAUGGAACCCUAUUGGCUAAUUGUGCUGCUGUAUUCAAUAUGAAUAAAGCAGAAGAGGUAUUUAAGAAAAUGAAGGACCUCAAGUUCCCAAUUUCAUGCUUUUGUUUCAACCAGCUGCUCCUUGUAUAUAAGAGGACUGACAAAAAGAAGAUUGGUGAUGUUCUUUUACAAAUGGAGAAAGAAGGCGUGAAACCAGAUCUCUUUACUUAUAAAAUGUUGAUUGAUGCUAAGGGCCAGUAUAAUGAUAUAACUGGAAUGGAACAAUUUGUUGAGUUAAUGAAGUCUGAGGGAAUAGAGCCUGAUUUAAGUACAAACAGCCGCUUGGCCAAGUUCUAUAUCCGUGGUGGUCUCAAUGAAAAAGCUGAGGCUGUAUUGAAGGAGAUGGAAGCAGACAGCGUGUCAGAAAAGUAUUGGGUCUAUACAAUUUUGCUUCCACUGUAUGCUGCCCUUGGAAAGGCCGAUGAAGUCAACAGAAUCUGGCAACUUUGUGGAUCUAAUCCACGGGAAGAACAGUAUAUGGCUGCCAUUGAAGCCUGGGGAAAGUUGAAAAAAGUUGAUAAGGCGGAAGCAAUCUUCGAAACGAUGCUAAACAAAUACCCAAAGAUGUCCUCAAAGAGAUAUUCCACUUUGUUAAAUGUUUAUGCAAAUAAUAAGAUGUUAGCCAAAGGGAAAGACCUUGUGAAGCGGAUGACAGAAAACGGUUGCCACAUUGGGGUAUCCACUUGGAACAAACUAGUAAAGCUAUAUAUUGAAGCUGGAGAAGUGGAAAAGGCUGAUACUGUCUUGGCCAUGGCAACAGAGCAUAACGGUGUAAGGCCAAUGUUAAGAUCAUACAUUGCGAUCCUUGAGCAAUAUGCUCAAAAAGGCGACAUACAUAAUUCUGAGCAUAUGUUCCGCCAAAUGAGACAGGCAGGAUUCGCGUCCCUUCCCUGGCUGUACCAAACACUUGUUCGGGCCUAUUUUAAUGCAAAGCUUCCUGCUUAUGGAAUGAAUGAGCGAAUGAAGGCCGAUAAAGUAUUCCUAAAGAAAGAAUUGGCUGCCAUGUUGCCUAAGGUUGAUCCAUUCAGAAAAACAACAGUAUCAGAGAUAUUUGAGUAAUUGAAGUGAUGAUAUUUUACAAUACGAGUAGUAAUUAGUUACUUGGGAAUAGUUGAGAUUGAGCCAAACUGGGUUAUGCACUCUGCAUCAAUUGUAUUAUUAUUUUUAUAUUUUUAUACAUUUAGG